UUUCUUUUCUUUUUUCUUUUUCUUUUAUUUUUUUCCUUUCCCUCUCUCUUUGUUUCUUGCUUAAACAAAACCCUAGUUUUGCUUUCUAUCUCUAUACACUGUUAUCUAUAUCUAUCGGAAGAUGAUACAGCAGCAGCAGCAGCAGAGGAUAAGACAACAACAAGCACUGAUGCAGCAAUCCCUUUAUCACCCAGGUCUAUUGGCUCAUCCUCAGAUAGAACCUAUACUAAGUGGAAAUUUGCCUCCUGGAUUCGAUUCAACUACAUGCCGCAGUGUGUAUGUGGGGAACAUCCACCCACAAGUCACGGAACCCCUUCUUCAAGAGAUUUUUUCAAGCACUGGUGCUCUUGAAGGAUGCAAGCUCAUUAGAAAGGAGAAGUCAUCUUAUGGGUUCGUGGAUUACUUUGAUCGGCGUUUUGCAGCUCUUGCUAUUGUGACUCUUAAUGGAAGGCAUCUAUUCGGACAGCCUAUAAAAGUCAAUUGGGCAUAUGCCAGUAGCCAGAGAGAAGAUACAUCAGGCCAUUUCAACAUAUUUGUAGGUGACCUUAGCCCUGAAGUUACCGAUGCCACAUUGUUUGCUUGCUUCUCUGCAUACCCUACUUGCUCUGAUGCAAGAGUUAUGUGGGAUCAAAAGACGGGCCGCUCGAGGGGAUUUGGAUUUGUUUCUUUUCGUAACCAACAGGAUGCCCAAAGUGCAAUCAAUGAUUUGAAUGGAAAGUGGCUUGGAAGUAGGCAAAUUCGAUGCAACUGGGCAGCAAAGGGUGCUGGCUCGGACGACAAACAGAGGUCAGAUGCCAAAAGUGUUGUCGAAUUGACAAAUGGAACAUCAGAUGAUGGUCAAGAAAAGACGAAUGAAGAUGCUCCAGAAAACAAUCCUCAAUAUACUACUGUUUAUGUUGGCAAUCUGGCUCCAGAGGUUACCUCAGGUGAUCUCCACUGCCAUUUCCAUGCCCUUGGUGCUGGUGUUAUUGAAGAUGUUCGCAUUCAACGWGAUAAAGGUUUUGGUUUCAUAAGAUACAGCUCUCAUGCUGAGGCAGCCCGGGCUAUUCAGUUAGGAAACACUCGAAUUCUCUAUGGCAAGCCACUGAAGUGUUCAUGGGGUAGCAAACCGACACCUCCAGGGAGCAGCUCAACCCCUCUACCGCUGCCAAUGACYGGAAAUAUGCUAGGUUUUUCAGCCACGGAUCUUGCAGCUUAUGAACGGCAGCUAGCACUGAGUAAAAUGGGUGGUUUGCAGGCUCUGAUGCAUCAGCAGAUGGGUGCUGCCGCUAGCCAGGGAGCAAUCUAYGAUGGUGGUUACCCCGGAAUUGCCGCUACGCAAGCCCCUAUGUACUACCAGUAAUAACRGUUUCAAACAGAUUGGUCGACCGGGUUCGGAACCAUAUCUAGAAUUACUUAGAUAGGAUGCUCUUCUUUUUCCACUGUUUAAAGUUUAUUAAAGAUUUGGGAUUCUUGUUUUCUGAUUAUUAUUAUAUAAUCUUUGAGGAUGUAUAUGGAUAUAUGUAGCAUUAGCAUGUGUAUUUCUGUCAUCUAAAUGGCAAACUAAUGAACAAAAUGCAACCUUUUUCUUCUGUUA